AUGCUUGGAUUAAAGUCAAUACUGACACUAUUGUUGAUUGGUGUUGUCAGCACAUCACCGACUGACUAUGGUCUUGACAAAAGAGCAAUGGUCUGCAGAGACAAUGACCAAGACCUCAAAGCCCUAAAAAGUAACAAGGCAGACGGAUCCGCUUUCUGUUCGACAUACCUUCAAAUUACCAAAACUUCAACUGUCACGCCUCUUGCUAGCACCACUGCAACGAGAUGGGUGACCAAGUCUACCCGACUAGUUUCUGUCCAGAAGGUUCAGUUUAUAGUCCGCCAUGUCUUCAGGGCCAAAGUGACGAAGACGGCCUCCAUAACGCUCACAAAAACAAACACUGCCACUGUUACCGAUUUGAAGACCGAGAUGGAGACAGGAACACAAAUAGAUGACGUGACGGAUACAGAUAUAGCUCAAGUGACUGAGACUGGUGUAGCUGAAUUGACGGAACAUGUGACUCGGCAUGUUACCACAACUGUCACAGCUACUGUCUACACUACGUCUACGAAGGAUGUCACAAAUAUCAGCACCAUGCAGCUCACAAAAGAAGAUCCAACCACGGUCACUGUUACUAGCACAGCGGAUGCUGACACAACGACAGUAUCAGUCGAAUACAACUGUGGUGCUCAUCACAAAACAUUACCUCAGAUAUGCAAGACAUACUGUGCGACCAAACCCGAAGCUCUGAGCUUUGGGUAUCAUAAUAUUGGAUGCAUGUGCCUUAGUGCCCUGACGUCACCCUCCAAUACAGACUGGAAUGUGUCCGAUCUACCUGAAAAGAGAGCUGCGCAGGUGGACAAAAGAGUCCCAGAAUAUUUGCAGCUCAAGGGUGCUAGCGACGUGAGCAGUGCCUGUUCAUGCCAUAUCAACAACAAGCCAGCUUCUCCGACCACAUUGACUGUGAAUGCAAAGCCGGUCACACAUACAGUCACGAGCUUUACCAACGUCUACUACAAGAUAAAGAAAUACAUCACCGUCUCCUCUCAUAGGACCGACACUUUGACCGACUUCAAGACAACAACAAAAACAGAUUAUAACACCUUGACUGUUACCAACCGCCAGAGUGUUACGGUCACUCAGCCCGUUACUAUUACGGUUACACACGUCAAGAUGGUGACUGUUACCAAAGUCAAUAGCGUCCAUGUCACGAACUACAACACUAUGUAUACUACCGAUGUGGCCACUUCCUUGGAGACAGAUCUCGAGACUGAGAUUGUUACUGACGUGGAGUAUUUUACCGUCACCGAUUACGAGACAGUUGAAGUUACCGUUACAGACAUGGACGUGAUAAAACCUUCUCCAGUUACUGUCACAGUAGGAGUGACGAACUAUGGGUAG